GCAUGCAUGCACAUUCCAAAAGUGAACUAAACAAACUGAAAGUCUGAAACUGAAAUUGGAAACUUGGAAAGACAAAAAUGGACAGAUCAGAGUCCAGCGUUGGUUCGUCGUCUGAAGAAGCCAAUUCCUACGACUACGAUGAACCAUUGAAGCCUGUUCCCUUUCUUCGCAUACUUUGGAUUGAUAAUUCUGGCAUUCAUAGAUGUCGUGUUAUUCCAUAUGAACGCCUCAGCUUUGUGAGAAAGCAUGGUAUAGGCUUAAGUCCUGCAUGUCUGGCUGCACUCAGUUCAGUAUCUAAUGCUCCCCCUGAGGGUUCUCCUCUCAAUUAUACGGGCAUGAUCAGAAUCAUUCCGGAUUUAUCAACCCGAUGCAAAAUCCCAUGGGAAAAACAACAGGAUAUGUGUUUAGCUGAUAUGUGUAUUGAACCUGGCAAACCAUGGGAAUACUGUCCAAGAGAAGUAUUUCGGAGAGUCACUAAAAUUUUAAAAGAUGAAUUCGACUUGGUCGUGAAUGUAGGCUUUGAAAUUGAAUUUUACCUUUUGAAGAGUGUAAUAAGGAACGGCAAAGAAGAGUGGUUACCAAUUGACAAGACCUCUUACUGCUCUACAUCAGCAUUUGAUGCUGCGUCCUCUAUAUUAGAAGAUAUCGACACUUUUCUUCAAACGAUGAAUAUUACAGUUGAACAGCUACAUGCGGAAACUGGGAGAGGUCAGUUUGAAGCUGUCCUGGGAUACACGGAGGCUGGAACAUCAAUUGUCAGCUUAAUUUAUGCUCGUGAAGUCAUCAGAUCAGUUGCAAGGCAACACGGGCUGAUGGCAACUUUUGUUCCAAAGUUUGCAGAAGAUGAAGAUGGCUCUGGAUCACAUGUCCACAUCAGUUUAUCUAGAAAUGGAGAAAAUGUUUUUAUGGCAUCUGGUGAAUCAAAAUAUGGGAUGUCCAAGAUUGGGGAAUCAUUCAUGGCUGGGGUGUUAAAUCAUCUUCCUUCCAUAUUAGCUUUUACUCUAACACAUAUUCUUAGUUAUGACCAUAUGGUACCUAAGACGCGAAAUGCAGCUUACGUCUGCUGGGGGAAAGAGAAUACAGAGGCACCAUUAAGAACUGCUAGCCCUCCUGGAAUUGCAGAUGAUCGUGUAAGCCAUUUUGAAAUUAAAGCGUUUGAUGCAUGUACAAACCCAUACAUAGGUCUUGCUUCAAUUAUUAUGGCUGGGAUCGAUGGGUUGCGAAAAGAUUCAAGCCUUCCAGAACCAGUGGAAGGGGAUUCUGAUGUCUCUGGUGAGAAUCUACGAAGUGUACCAGAUUCUAUUACUAACUCUUUAGUUGCUUUAGAGCAAGAUACAUUGGUUACGGAAGUGAUGAGUGAAAAUCUUUUGACCGCCAUAAAAGCGAUCCGAAAGAAGGAGGUCAAGAACUAUUGUAAGCCUCAGAGGGAUUACAGUCAGCCUUAUGAGCUGCAUAUAUUUAAGGACCCACUCAAGGAUAUUUUCUUCAAAUUUUAGCUUGACCAUAGGUAUUCUUUUAUAUUGCUCAAACUCUUAAAAAUUUCGCCGGGUGUGCGUCAAAUUUCCAAAAGUAGUGCAUUUCGGAGAAUCCGACAUAGUUGUGGCGGCAUUUUAGGAGAACCGAGCAACAUAGGUUCUCGUGAGCAUCUAGAAUUUAUAGUCGUUCAGGACGAGACUAAUGCGCACACAUUUUGUUUCGUCUGUGUCUUUUUUUUCUUUUGCUUCAUCUUACGGACAUGUUUAAUAACAAGUUAGUAAUUUUAGCUUGUCACUUACUGUAUAAUUUCGUAUUAUGCCUUCAGUGUUCUCGUUGGUAAAA